GGGAGUUGGAAUCGGGGCGGGAACAGGAGUGGGAGUCGGAGUGUCCUGCGGAGAGAAGCUGGAAAAUCGCCCCACCACAUCGCGGGAUAAUGCGCUCUGUUUGACUAGUUUUCAUUAAUGAAUUAUCUCUAUUCUCCUUUUGUUAGUUUAUUAGCUAAAAAAAAAACACAGGCACGGAGAUUUUUUUCUCUGUGAAGAGGGCAAUUAGACGAUAAUGUGCCGCUUCAGGAUUUUAACCGUUUUAGUCACAUUUUGGCGCUGUGUUAUCACUCAGGGGCCAGAAUUCAGCUAUGGCUGUGCUGAGGGCAGCUGUUACCCAGCCACAGGAGACCUGUUGAUUGGGCGAGCAGAUAGACUCUCCGCCACUUCCACGUGUGGCAAGUAUAAACCUGAGCCCUUCUGCAUUGUCAGCCACCUUCAGGAAGAAAAGAAAUGCUUUUCAUGUGAUUCACGGACUCUUUUUGCUGAAAAUCCAAACAGUCACAGAAUUGAGAAUGUUGUCACAACAUUUGCUCACAACCGACUAAACACCUGGUGGCAGUCUGAAAAUGGUGUGGAAAAUGUUUCCCUUCAAUUGAAUCUGGAAGCUGAAUUCCAUUUUACCCACCUCAUUAUGACCUUCAAGACUUUUCGUCCAGCCGCUAUGAUGAUAGAGCGAUCUUCUGAUUUCGGAGAGAGCUGGCAGGUCUAUCGAUAUUACGCUUAUGACUGUGAGUCAUCCUUUCCAGGCAUUCCAACAGGAUCAUUGAAGAAAGUGGAUGACAUUAUCUGUGACUCUCGGUACUCUGAUAUUGAACCUUCUACUGAAGGAGAGGUUAUCUACCGGGUGUUGGACCCAGCCUUUAAAAUUGAAGAUCCUUAUAGCCGAAGAAUACAAAAUAUGCUGAAGAUAACAAACCUGAGGAUAAAGUUUACCAAGCUCCAUACCCUGGGUGACAAUUUGCUAGACUCGCGAAUGGAAAUCAAAGAAAAAUAUUACUACGCUAUCUAUGACAUGGUAGUUCGGGGCAACUGUUUCUGCUAUGGACACGCCAGUGAGUGUGCUCCUGUUCAUGAUUCUGAUGACCAAGAUGUGGACGGGAAGGUACAUGGUCGGUGUGUAUGUCGACACAACACUAAAGGUUUAAACUGUGAGCUAUGUCAGGAUUUCCACCACAAUGCGCCUUGGAAACCUGCUGAAGGACGCAACAGCAAUGCAUGCCAAAGAUGUAGCUGCAAUGGACAUGCUGAUAAAUGUCACUUUGACAUGGCUGUAUAUAAAGCAUCUGGUAAUGUUAGUGGUGGUGUUUGUGAUGGCUGUCGGAAUAAUACUAUGGGACAGCACUGUGAACAAUGCAAACCUUUCUACUACCAGCAUCCAGAACGAAGUAUUCGUGCCAGUGAUAUCUGUGAACCUUGUAACUGUGACCCUGCUGGAUCAUUAAAUGGUGGAAUCUGUGACAGCCACACUGAUUUAACAGCUAAUCUCAUUGCGGGACAGUGUCGUUGCAAGCUAAACAUUGAGGGUGAGCGCUGUGAUCUCUGCAAAGAGGGUUUCUUUGGACUAAGUGCAGAUGACCCAUUGGGAUGUCAACCAUGUAUCUGUAACCAUCUGGGAACACAUCCAGGAGGAACGCCAUGUAAUGAUGUAACAGGGAAUUGCUUCUGUAAACGUCUGGUGAUGGGAAAGAACUGUGAUCAGUGUCUGCCUCAACACUGGGGACUAAGCAAUGAUCUAGAUGGGUGUCGCCCUUGUGACUGUGACCUGGGGGGGUCGUACAACAAUGAUUGUUCUGCAGAGACAGGCCAAUGUCCAUGUAAGGAGCACAUGGUUGGACGUCGCUGCAAUGAGGUUGAGUCUGGGUUUUAUUUUAUUGCCCUGGACCACUACACAUACGAGGCGGAGGAAGCUGACUUGGGUCCGGAAGUGAAGAUAGUACAGCGACAACAUCCACAAGAUCGCUCUCCAACCUGGACAGGAACUGGAUUUGUAAGGAUUCCUGAAGGAGCAUAUCUAGAAUUCCACAUACAUGACAUUCCACAUUCCAUGGAGUAUGACAUACUGAUUCGCUAUGAACCACAGCUACCAAAGAAUUGGGAAGAGGCAAAAAUAACGGUGUACCGCCCUGGCAAAAUUCAUACCAACGGUCGAUGUGGGAAUACAACACCUGGUGAUGACAACCAAGUGUUCUCUCUACCAUCAGGAUCAAGGUAUGUGGUCCUACCUCAGCCUGUUUGCUUUGAAAAAGGACUAAAUUACACAAUCGGUUUAGAAUUAACAAAGUACUCUUCUGAUGAUGAAAUGGAAACUCCUUAUACAUUAAUAGAUUCGCUUGUACUCAUGCCCCACUGCAGGUCACUGGAUAUAUUCUCUGUAGGGGAAUCAAGUGAGAUUGUCACAAACAGAGCCUGGGAAACCUUCCAACGGUACCGCUGCUUGGAGAACAGUCAAAGUGUUACUAAGACUCCGAUGACUGAAGUCUGCAGGGGCAUCGUGUCUAGUAUUUCUUCCAUAAUUCAUGAAGGAGCUUUACCUUGCAGGUGUGACCCUCAGGGAUCUCUCAGCUCUGUUUGUAAUCCCAGUGGUGGGCAAUGCCAAUGCCGCUCCAGUGUGGUUGGCCGAAACUGUGACCGAUGUGCUCCUGCAACUUACGGUUUUGGUCCUAGUGGCUGCAGGCCUUGCGACUGUCACAAAGAAGGUUCUGUCAGCGAAUUUUGCCAUCAUGUCACUGGUCAGUGUCGAUGUAAUGAAGGAGUCUUUAGCCGGCAGUGUGACCAGUGUCAGCCUGGAUAUUGGGGAUUUCCUAAUUGUCGUCCAUGCCAGUGUAAUGGACACGCAGAUCACUGUGACUUGGAAAGUGGUGAAUGUUUGGGCUGUAGAGAUCAUACUGGCGGACAUAAUUGUAACAGCUGCCUAUCAGGUUAUUACGGCGACCCGGUACUUGGAUCAGGUGAUCACUGUCGCUCAUGCCCUUGCCCAGAUGGUCCCCAUAGUGGACGGCAGUUUUCCACUGGCUGCUACCAGGAUCGUAGUUCCCGAAAUAUCAUUUGCCACUGUCAGCAUGGGUACACAGGUGCAAGGUGUGAUGAAUGUGCAUCUGGGUUUUACGGUAACCCUAAUGAAACAAGAGGGCGCUGUCAGGAGUGCCAGUGCAGCAACAACAUUGAUAUGACUGAUGCAGAAUCAUGUGACAAGCAAACAGGAGAGUGUCUAAAAUGUCUAUAUCAUACUGAGGGUGAAAGCUGCAACCACUGCAAGCUUGGCUAUUAUGGCAAUGCAUUGCAACAGAAUUGCAAAAAGUGUGUCUGCAACUACCUGGGUACAUUACAAGCCCAGUGCACUUCUGCAGAUGAAUGUUAUUGCAACCAAACCACUGGUCAAUGUCCUUGUCUUCCCAAUGUGAUUGGCCUUAUGUGUGAUCACUGUGCACCUAAUACCUGGAAACUGGCAAGUGGAACAGGUUGUGAGCUCUGCAGUUGUAAUGAAGUCCACUCACGCAUAGCAUCUUGUAAUGAGUUCACAGGGCAGUGUCAGUGCAUGGCUGGAUUUGGAGGACGAACUUGCAGUGACUGUCAAGAAUUCUUCUGGGGAGAUCCUGAUGUGGAAUGUAUGAAAUGUGAUUGUAAUGAAUUCGGCAUUGAGACACAACAGUGUAACCAAACAAAUGGACACUGCAUCUGUCGGGAAGGGAUUGCAGGUGAGCGUUGUGAUAAGUGUGCUCGAGGGUACUCUGGCACAUUCCCUCAUUGUGAACCGUGCCACGCAUGCUUCAGACUCUGGGAUAAAGAAAUUGAAGAGCUGACUACCCGAAGCAAACAACUUUUAGCACAGGCAGAUUCAGUCAAAGCCAGUGGGAUUGUUGGUCCUUACCAAGAAACUGUUAAUGCCGUGCAGGAAAAAAUUAAUGACAUACGAACCCUACUUGCUGAAAAUCCUGCUACUGAACCACUUGACAGUAUUGGAAGCCUUUUGGAAGAAGCCAAGAAGAAAGUCAUCGACCUCUCAGAAAAGGUUAAUGUGAUUGAAUCAGAUCUUGGAACGACAGCAGACCGAAAUAAUGUGGCAGAGACGGAAUUAAAUGUUCUUCAAAGUGAUGCUGAGCAUUUAAAAGCAGUUGUGAAUGAGCUAGCCAAACAGUUGGAGUACAUUAAGAAUUCUGAUGUCCAUGGAGCCUUGGACAGCGUCCAAAAAUACUUCAACCAGUCUCUUGAGGCUGAAGUAAAAGUUAAUGUUUCCACCAUUGAUCCUGAUAAUACACUGCUGGAAUCCUUGAGCAUUCGAGAAAAGGUGGAUGAUAUGAUUUCAGAGAGUCAGGACCACUUUGAACAACAGCAAAAAGAACAUUCUCAAAGCCUGGAAGAACUGGCUGAUAAAUUGCAAAAUUUAGACCUUUCGCCAUUAAGCGAAAAGAUUUGUGGUAGCCCUGCAGGGAUACCAUGUGCGGAAGCACAGUGUGGAGGUCCAAACUGCCGAGCUGAUGACGGAACUAGAAAGUGUGGAGGAAUUGGCUGUGAUGGACUUGUAACUUUAGCCCAUAAAGCAUGGCAGGAUUCUGUGGAUUUUGACACUGUAAUUCUAAAUGCUUUGGCAGAAGUGGAUCAGCUUUCUAAAAUGGUCGCUGAUGCAAAAAUUAAAGCAGAUGAGGCCAAACUAAAUGCACAAAAGGUCCUCUUAAAAACCAAUACAACAAAAGAAAAAGUCGACAAGAGCAAUGAAGACCUAAGGAAUCUUAUCAAGCAAAUCAGGGAAUUUCUUACACAGGAUGGUGCUGAUCUGGAGAGUAUUGAGGCAGUUGCUAAUGAAGUAUUGAAGUUGGAAAUGCCAACCACUCCUCAGCAACUUCAGGAUCUGACCAAUGAUAUUCGAACCCGGGUAGAGAGUCUGUCAGAUGUAGAAAUAAUCCUAAACCAGAGUGCAGCAGACAUUGAGCGAGCUGAAGCGCUAUUGGAUGAGGCCAGGAAAUCCAGAAUACUUGCAACAGAAGUUAAAGACGCAGCUGAUCGUGUAAAGGAGGCCUUAGAUGAAGCGGAAAAGGCACAGAAUGCAGCAGCAAAAGCCAUCAAACAAGCUAACGAAGACAUUGAGGGGACACAAGACCUACUGACCUCAAUUGAAUCGGAGACAGUAGCAUCAGAACAAAGCCUCAACAAUGCUACUGAACGCUUAGCACAGAUUGAAAAGGAUAUUGAUGAACUAAAACAGAAGACUGCGGGCAACACAAUCACUGCUGAAAACAUUGGGGACACUGCAGAUAAAAUAAAGCAAGCUGCAGAUGAGGCCAAACAGGUUCUCGAUACCGUCCUUAAAGAAAAGUACACUAUUGUAGAAGACGCCAUUGUAAAAAAAUCUGAUGCAGCUUCUGAUGCUCGAAAGAAAGCAAAGUUAUUGCAGAUCGAAGCCGAAUCAUUAUUAUCAGAUGCCAGUCGGAAACUUGAGUUAUUAAAGAAACUAGAAAGAAAUUAUGACGACAACCAGAAAGCUUUGGAGGAAAAAGCACAAAAGUUAAUAAAACUGGAAGAAGAUGUGCGUUCAUUGCUGCAGACAAUUAGCCAGAAAGUUGCUAUCUAUAGCACUUGUUUAUAAUGAGAAUCAUUUCACUGACACCUAUACUUUAAGUUGCCUUACUGUCAGCACCCAAUAUUCUACUUAAGCUGAAGAACAAUCAAUGCCAAGCUUUUUUUUAAAAAAAGAAAACUUGCAAAUUUAUUGAAUCAUUAUUUUAAAAAGGUGCAUAUUCUACUUCUAUGCACUUUGGUUUCUAUUAAAAAUGUUUAAAUACAAUGUUUCAGCCAUAAAAUGCAAUCUACAACCAUCAGUAUUUUUGUAUUAUUGUUCAUUAAACCUAGUCUCUAAAAUGAAGUAAAAACACUCUGGAAAAUGUAGCAAACUUUUGUAGCCAGUAUUUAAUACAUUUAUUGCAAUCAAACUAUACAUGACAUGGAUAUAAUAAACAUUGAGCAAUAAAUGCUUUAAAAAAAA